UAUUUAGAGGAGAAGUUCUUUCAGCUGUUGGGGGAGAUGCAAACAACCAACUCUACCCUUUAGCAUGGGUUGUGGUAUGUGUUGAGAAUAAAGAAACAUGGAAGUGGUUCAUAGAUUUGCUUAUGGAUGACAUUAAUGGUGGUCUUGGUGCAGGCAUUACCCUUCUUUCUGAUGGACACAAGGGGUUAUUACAAGCAGUUAAGGAAAGAUGUCCAGAAGCUGAACAUAGGCAAUGUGCUAGACAUAUUGUGCCCAAAUUUAAUAAAAGAGGUGUAAUGGAGAAGAUCAAAUCUAUUGAUACUCAUGCUUAUGGUUACCUUAUAGACAGAGAUCCUACUACCUGGUCUAAGGCAUUCUUUCAAGAAGGAAGAGAUUGUGAUGUAGUGGAGAAUGGGGUAAGUGAGAGUUUCAAUUCUGCUAUUAGGCAUGCUAGAAGGAGACCUAUAAUCACUAUGCUGGAGGAGACUAGGUUAUUUGUGAUGGAAAGGAUAUACACUCAAAGAGUUGAAGGAAUAGAAUGGGAUUUGCUUAUAUGUCCAACUAUUAGGAAGCGUAUAAAAGAUUUGAAGGUUAAACAGAGAUUGUGGGGAGUUACUCCUUGUGGUUAUCAAAAGUAUGAGGUUAGAUUCACUGAUGUUGCAUAUGGAGUGGAUCUAAUUGCAAAGAAGUGUGCCUGUAGAAUAUGGCAACUUAUAGGGAUACCAUGCUUACAUGGAGUGGCAACAAUCUCUUACUUAAAUCAUGAUGCAUAG